CAAAUUAAGUAAUGCCCAAUCAUUCAUUACGGCCCAUUAUACCCGUCGAACAAAGAUUUGUGGAUUAAUGGCGACUUCAUGUCCAUUUUCUUCUCAUCAUCUAUAAUUCUGUAUCAUCUCUCUCGUUUUGACUGAUUCCGAGGCUGAUAAACCAGACGCUGGGUCGCCGGACUUGAGCUUCCCACUCUUAGAUCACUUCACUCAAUUUCCUUAAGCAAUUCUUCACUCUAUUUGUAAAUUGGGGCUGAGGAAUUUUUGAGCGACUCGAUAGAAAUUCCGUUCUAUUUGGACUUCUUGAUUCGGGACUUGAUAACAUUUGUAAAUUAUGGGGAAGGACUCGAAACCAAAGGAAGCUAGUGGGAAGGGAAAGGGAAAACAAGCAGGAGGAAGUGAUGAAGCUAAGGGAAAAGGAAAAUCUGGAAAAUCUUCUGAUGGGCUUGGCACCUGUACUUAUGUAAAAGCAAGGCAUAUACUAUGUGAAAAACAAGGAAAAAUCAAUGAAGCAUAUAAGAAGAUGCAGGAUGGUUGGCUUGGCAAUGGAGACAAGGUUCCUCCAGCUGAGUUUGCAAAGCUAGCUGCAGAGUAUUCAGAGUGCCCAUCCGGCAAAAAGGGUGGGGAUCUUGGAUGGUUUCCUCGUGGAAAGAUGGCUGGCCCAUUUCAGGAUGUUGCUUUCAGCACCCCAAUUGGAGCUACUAGUGCACCAUUCAAAUCAACACUGUUUAGUAGCCUAUUUUUGGGAAGAAAUGCAACUACAAAUGGAUUGCAGAUUAUAAAUUACAGAAUGCAAUAAUUGAAAGGAUUCAGCUGGCGAGAGGAAUGGCCAUUGGCCCUACAAAGGCAGGGUUCUUAUUUAUUUUAUCAUCCCAUCAGGAUGGUCAGGGAGUGUCACUAGCCUGGAUUGAAUUGGAAACAAGAAUGAUUUUAUCCAGCCUUUUGUGGAGCAGGGAUGAGAUUAGCAUUACCUGUCUUCUUCAAGUACCUACUUUUGGACCUCUUUACUUUUAAAUAAAUGGAAAUCCUAAAAUUUGAAUUUAAUUUAUUGAGUUGUAUUGGGGCAAAAAAAGGUAGUGGGGGAAAGAAGUGUUUUCUGUCAUAGAUUUGCCCUAGUCUGAGUUGUCCCGUGAUCAGGUUUGGUCAGAAAGUUUAUUUCUUAAUAUUAAACAGAAUAUGUACCAUGUAAAUGUAUAAGAACAAUUGUCAUAGAAGAUCAAGAUUAGAGAAUUAUCUAUGUUGUUUGAUUAUUCUAAAGAUUUCAAUUCAAUUGGAAUUUGGUUAUCAGUGAAAAAUUGAUCCUAGAA